AUGGCUCAAGCGGAACCCGGAGGCAGAGGUAACUUCAAAAAUUUCGCGAGAACACAAGCGGAGGAAGAUGCUUUCGACUAUGUGACAAUGAGACAUAAUCCAAAACCUACCGGGGUUAUCGGGUCAAUAGCCCACAUGGUAAAGGGUGCUCUAGGAGGUGGUAUUUUGAGUGGUCACGUCGCUUAUAUGAAAGCUGGAGUCGGUGUUGCCGCACCCUUCAACCUUCUCUUCGGUAUUUACAUGGGAUAUUGUUUAUAUAUCUUGGUGAUGUCAGCUCAAAAGCUAUACAGGCGAACUCAUGUUCCGAGCAUGUCGUAUCCAGACGUAGGUGAGGCGGCUAUGGCAUGCUGUCCGAAUCCGAAAAUCGCGAGAUUUUCUCGAUAUUUCAGGUACUCAAUUGACGCAAUUAUAUGUAUUGAUUUGUUCGGCGCGUGCGCAUGCUAUCAGAUUAUCAUAGCGAAGUCUAUCAAGCAGCUCGUUGAAAACACGCAAAGAACAUCUAUAGAUGGAAUUGGUCCAGGUUAUCCAUCUCUACGAGUAUACCUGGCUUGCAUGAUAAUACCAAUUAUUUUUAUAUGUAUGAUAACACAUUUGAAAUGGCUGGCUCCGUUUUCAAUUGGCGCUAAUAUUGUUGUCUUGGUCAUUAUAUUCGUGGCAGUCUACUUUGCAGUCAUAUACAACCCUUCUCUUAGUGGUAUGGUGGGUGUGACACAAUUGUACCAAUACUUCGAGUUUGUAGGCAUGUCCGUAUUCAGUAUGUCAUGCGCGGGAGUCGUUAUCCCGAUCGAGAACAACAUGAAAAACCCCAAGAAGUAUCCUUUGGUUCUUGUCGUUGGAAUGUCUCUUAUCAUCCUCUGCACGUUUUUGGUCUCGUUCUUUGGGUAUGCGGCGUUUUUGGAAAACUGCGAAUCACCUAUCACGGUGAAUUUUCCGAUGACGGUUGGACCAAAAGUUUUGAAGUUUCUCAUCGUCAUCAUGAUUUAUAUAACGCAUGCUCUGAACUUUUGGGUGCCUUUUAAUUUGUGUUUCUAUUAUCUGAAACAAAGGCACCCAGAGGAAAAACACCUGCGCUGGGAGUUGUUCUACCGAGGUUGCUUCGUGGCGAUGAUUGGUGUUAUUGCUAUCGUAUUUCCGAAUAUAAAUGCGUUAAUGGGAUUUCUUGGGACAUUUUGUUUGUCCAACAUGGCGUUUAUAUGGCCAAACGUUAUCUACUUGCUUACAUGCUGGGAACGACCGGGUUUGGGAAAGUACAAAUGGCGGCUGUGGAAAGCCAUGGUCCUAAUUGGUAUUGGAUUUUUCUUGCUCAUCUGUGGUUCCACUGUCAACAUCAACGAACUUAUGUCAGUUUUUAGAUAA